UUGACGAUACAAACAAGAAGGCCUGCAUUAGUGAUAUCAAAAUUAUAUUAUGAUUAACGGCUUACAUUACCGUUUUUGGACUUUUGCAAUGUGUUUUCUUGUGAUGCUGGUAUAUGCCUCCUCUUCAUGUCAAUGAUAUAAGGAAUUAUUCCAUCUUAAUCUUGAACUUUUCAAGGAAGCAAGAGUAAGCUUUACAAGUUUAUUAUGUGUACAAUUUUAUCUAAAACAUCAGGAAGAGCAAGAACAAAUAGCUAGCUACAUGAAGCAAGCUCCAAGAAGUGAUGAAGGCGCACGAGGCAGAAGGAAGGCGUCAUCAAGGGGGCACCACAAGUUUGUGGGCGUUCGCCAAAGGCCAUCCGGAAGAUGGGUAGCUGAAAUCAAAGACUCCCUACAAAAGGUAAGGCUCUGGCUCGGAACUUUUGACACAGCAGAAGACGCAGCACGAGCCUAUGAUAACGCUGCUCGUCAACUCAGAGGUGCGAAUGCUCGCACCAACUUUGAAUUGCCAUCGGAUUCUAGUAUGCUUGAGAAUUCGGAGCCUUUUUCGUUUGACGCAAUGUGUAGAACAGAAGAGCCUGAAGGACUAGUUGGUGCACUCAAGGCAAAACUUUUUAAACAAAAGAGCUCCCGUAUGUUCAAUCAAAACAGUUCGUCUUCUAAUAUGCAAUUUAGCCUUCCUGGAAUUUCUCUUCCAAAUUCGUCAAAAAUUAGACAAUCAUCUGCCACAAUGCCUGCUGUCAAUCCAAUUCUAUCUUGCAGUGCUCCCGGAGCAGCUGCUAUAUCUACUCAGUUAGAACCAGCUCAUCAUCACCAUCAUAAUCAUUGGCAUGAUCAAAUUGAAUCCAUCAGAAUGCAAGAGAGUCAACUAGGCACGACUCCGGGAUGGCCAACCGAGAACAAAUUGCCGUGGACAUCAGAUAUGAGUUUUGUACACCAGGAUCCCUCCUUGAUCAAUACUGCCAAAAAUGGUGCAUGGCCAGCAUCGCACAUAAAUCAAGCUGCUCUAGAUUUGUCUUACACGAGUAAUCCCUUAGGCGAAUUGCUUAGAAAUGACAAGAGAAAAGGGGAUAUUGUACAAGAGAGUGGAUCAACAUCUUGGGUUUCUCCGUUGGACCAGAAUGUUUACUAUGAGAACAACAAUUGGGUUAAUUGUGCUAAUGUUAUCUGGGACCCUGAUCUAUAUGUAGAUUCGGUUCUUGGAUGAUAAAGCACAUGGAAUAUUUUGGCUCUAGAUUGACAAUUAUAUUCAUAACCCUAGCUAAUAACUGGAUUCUUUGUUAGCACAGAAGCAAAUAAAGGACCGAUUUCAUAUUUGUAUCCUCUAAUAUUUCUCAUGUUAAGGCAAAAAUUUAGGGUUAGCCCUUCAACCAUCUGAUUAGAGGCGUGUUUAAAUUGUUUUAAUUAAAAGUUGUUGCCUUCAGCUUUGGCAAAGUAUA